UACGAGGAAGCCUCGGCCCGCCGACCAAGCCAUGCUCGCGCGCCGGCUCGCGUCCCCCUUCGCCGCCGCGGCCACCGCGAGGCUGCUCUCCGCGGCCGCGCCGGAGGCCUCCUCCGGCGGCGGCGGGGCCGGAGGCGCGGGGAGGGGGGACACGCUCGGGAAGCGGCUGCUGAAGCUCAUCUACCCGAAGCGGAGCGCGGUGGUGGUGCUGCGGCGCUGGGCGGAGGAGGGCCGCACCGUGCAGAAGUACCAGCUCAACCGCGUCGUCCGGGAGCUCCGCAAGUACGGCCGCUUCAAGCACGCCCUCGAGAUCUGCGAAUGGAUGCGGACCCAGCCGGAGAUGCGCCUGCUGCCGGGGGACCACGCCGUGCACCUGGACCUCGUCGCCAAGGUCCGGGGCCUGGCGAGCGCCGAGAAGUUCUUCGAGGACAUGCCUGAGCGCGCCAAGGGGCCGUCCACAUGCAACGCCCUGCUGCACGCGUACGUGCAGCACGGCGUAAGGGAGAAGGCCGAGGCCAUGCUGGCGGAGAUGUCCCGGGCAGGGUAUCUCACCUGCGCGCUGCCCUUCAACCACAUGAUGUCGUUGUACAUGGCGAGCGGGGAGCUGGAGCGGGUGCCGGAGAUGAUCAAGGAGCUCAGGAGGUACACAGUCCCGGACCUCGUCACCUACAACAUCUGGCUGACCUACUGCUCCAAGAAGAACAGUGUGAAGAGUGCGGAGAAGGUGUUUGAUCUGAUGAAGGAUGACAGGGUUGUUCCUGAUUGGAUGACCUUCAGCUUGCUGGCAAGCAUUUACAUCAAUGCCGGGCUUCAUGUCAAAGGGCGAGACGCGUUGGUUGAGAUGGAGAAGAGGGCAUCCAAGAAGGAGCGAGCUGCCUACUCGUCACUCCUCACCCUGUAUGCAAGCUUGUCAGAUAGAGGAAACUUGGACAGGGUAUGGAACAAAAUGAAAUUGAUCUUCAGGAAGUUCAGCGACACUGAAUACAAGUGCAUGCUCACAUCGCUCACAAGGUUUGACGACAUCGCAGAAGCAGAGAACAUUUACAGGGAAUGGGAAUCAGCUUCGGGAACACGCGAUUCCCGGAUCCCAAACGCAAUCCUUUCUUAUUACAUCAAGAAUGGCAUGAUUGAAAAGGCCGAGAGCUUUCUCAGUCACAUCAUGGAGAAACGAGUUAAGCCCAGCUACAGCACCUGGGAGUUAUUCGUGUGGGGUUAUCUCAGCAACAACAAGACAGAUAAGGUCCUUGAAUGUCUGGAGAAGGCCCUGUCAAGCGUGGAGAAAUGGGAACCGAACCAUGAGAUCGCCAUGGCGAUCUAUUCGCAUGUCGAAAAGACAGGCGACAUUGAAGCUGCAGAGAAGAUCCUGGUCAUGUUCCGGGAUGCGGGGUACGUCACAACUGAGAUGUACAACUCGGUCCUGCACACUUAUGCGAAGGCCGAGCUGAUGCCCCUGAUAAUUGAGGAGCGCAUGGAGCAGGAUAAGGUGACAAUGGAUGAGGAGACCAGGAAACUGUUGAGUUUGACGAGCAAAUACCCAAUUGGGGAGGUCUCAACGUUGAUGUCUUAGAUGUGCUGCUAGUUGAAGAGAUGUUUCAGGAUGCAAUGUGUAUCUGCUCACUUCAGUUUCAAGUACAGUGCAAAUAGCAAGCAUUUAGUUUUGAAGCACAGCCUACCCCAACUUGCUUGGAACAAAAGGCUAAGUUGUUGUUGUAGUUGUUGUUGUUAGUUUUGAAGCACGAUAUAAUGGCUUUGGUGUUUCCAUGUUGAUCCACAGAUGCGUAUCAUUCUGCCUCUAGAUUAUCCAAACCUAAUGUUAUCAACCAAAAAGAUCUAAAGCUUGUAACAGUUUGCUCAAUGUUUAACCGAGUAGGCGUUACACUA